AAAAAAUUAAAAAAAAAAAACAGAAAAAAAAACAGAAAAAACGAAAGAAGAAAAUUCCUUCAACUCCUUAUAAUUGAUAUCGAAAAAAAGAUUCUUUUCAUGUUGUUUGUUAUGUUGUUGCGAAAAAUCAUUACAGGACAAGGACUGUGAGCGAAAGAAGUGAAAAAAAUUUACAUAUACACACACUUCCGUUACUCAUUUCCAUAACUGGGUCAUUUGGAGUUAAGACACAGAAAACACAUAGAAAAGACAUAAAAAGGGGGUCUUUUUUUUUUUUUUAUCUAGGCUAUCAACCACAACCACAUCAAGUGACGACCAACCAUAUCGACCCAAUCGACUGCGGCAUAGUGUUCUAGUGUAUUUUUAUAUACAUUAGAGUAGAGUUUCGAGUCGAGUCGUAAGUAAAUCUGAGCAGAGAAGAACAGAAAAGCAGAGCGAGAACAAGUAAAAAGUGCGAAAUAGAUUGCGAUUGUGUGUGUGUGCGUGUGGCAUUGCCUGAUUAUUGGUUUACAAGAAGAGUGUGUGUCCUCAUCAUCUAUAGUAACAUUUAUAGUGCAGUGCAUCUAAUCUAGACUGGUUUGUCCAUUUUUUGACUGUCGAAAUAGAUUUUCUCAAGUGUGCCAUCGCGAUGGCUGCUCCUGCAGCCUGUACGCGCUUCUCCGACAACUAUGAGAUCAAGGAGGAGCUGGGUCGAGGUGCCUUUUCUAUAGUGAAGCGUUGUGUGCAAAAAUCAACGGGAAAUGAGUUUGCAGCGAAAAUUAUUAAUACGAAAAAACUGACAGCUCGAGAUUUUCAGAAGUUGGAGCGAGAGGCAAGAAUAUGCCGUAAACUUCAUCAUCCCAAUAUUGUACGAUUACAUGAUAGUAUACAAGAGGAAAAUUAUCAUUAUUUGGUGUUUGAUCUAGUGACCGGCGGAGAGCUAUUUGAGGACAUUGUAGCACGUGAGUUUUAUUCGGAGGCCGAUGCCUCGCAUUGUAUUCAACAAAUUUUGGAGUCGGUCAAUCACUGCCACCAGAACGGUGUGGUUCAUCGUGAUCUCAAACCGGAGAAUUUACUAUUAGCUAGCAAAGCAAAGGGUGCUGCCGUUAAAUUGGCCGAUUUUGGUUUGGCCAUUGAGGUGCAGGGUGAUCACCAGGCAUGGUUCGGCUUUGCCGGUACCCCUGGUUAUCUUUCGCCUGAGGUUCUUAAAAAGGAACCUUACGGCAAGCCGGUCGAUAUUUGGGCAUGUGGUGUCAUUUUGUACAUCCUACUCGUGGGCUAUCCACCAUUUUGGGAUGAGGAUCAGCAUCGUCUGUACUCGCAAAUUAAAGCGGGUGCUUACGACUACCCAUCACCCGAGUGGGACACUGUGACCCCAGAGGCCAAGAAUUUGAUCAAUCAAAUGCUUACCGUUAAUCCCCAUAAGCGCAUUACUGCUGCUGAAGCCCUCAAACACCCCUGGAUCUGCCAAAGAGAGCGCGUGGCCUCAGUCGUACAUCGUCAAGAGACAGUCGAUUGUCUUAAAAAAUUCAAUGCUCGUCGCAAACUUAAGGGUGCUAUAUUAACCACAAUGCUAGCCACUAGAAAUUUUUCCAGCAAGAGCAUGAUUACCAAAAAAGGCGAGGGCUCUCCCGUUAAAGAUUCUACUGACUCCUCAAACGCUACCAUGGAGGAUGAUGAUGUUAAGGCCAGACGUCAAGAGAUAAUCAAAAUUACUGAACAACUGAUUGAGGCAAUCAAUAGCGGUGACUUUGAUGCCUAUACCAAAAUUGGUGAUCCUCAUUUGACUGCAUUCGAGCCAGAGGCGUUAGGCAAUUUAGUGGAAGGAAUUGAUUUUCACAAAUUCUAUUUUGAGAAUGUUUUGGGCAAGAAUUGUAAGGCCAUCAAUACUACGAUUUUGAAUCCACAUGUGCAUUUGUUGGGCGAAGAUGCCGCUUGCAUUGCAUACGUACGUCUUACUCAAUAUAUUGAUAAGCAGGGUCAUGCUCACACCCAUCAGUCGGAGGAGACGCGCGUCUGGCACAAACGCGACAACAAGUGGCAGAAUGUACACUUCCAUCGCAGCGCUUCGGGCAAGAUAAAUUCUGAAAUUGCAAGAAAACACUGAAUACAGUAACUGAGAGCGCAACUGAUUAACUGAGAAACUGUGAAACCGAGUAACCGAAACCAAACAAAAUGAAACUGAAAAACCGAUAUCGAAAACGAAACCGAAACUGAAACAGCAACUGCAAUCGCAACAGCAACUAAUGCACGCGUCAAGUGUUGUUACACAAAAGAUAUUUUUUGCGUCUACGUCACCAAUUUUUUUCUUACUUUAGAUCCUUACAAAUCUUAUUAUUAUUAUUA